CGGGAUUUGGGAUAUUGUCGUGUUACCGUUCGCGACACAGGUGUUGAGAACAGUCCCCCGAGAUCCGCCCUGAGUCGCAAGUGACGCAACUCGCAAGCAUGGAGGGCACACCAGGACAUGCAGAGCCAUAUGUAGAGGGGCAUGUACAGGGUAAACUUGGAUGGGAAGGCAUGGCUGGCCCUUGGGCUGAGGAGAGGACUGGGGCUGAUGAUAAGCAAGCUUGUUCAGGAAACCAGACGAUUGUGAAUGGUGAAGUGCAUGGACUUGAUGGGGGAGACAGUUUAAAAGGUGCGAACUCGGAAGAGGGUGGUAUAUUUGCAGCUCAGAUAAAGGAUUUAUCGACAAAGCGCGAAAUGCAGCUCAGUUCUGGAAGCGUGCUCCCGGAUGCCGAUGCCGUGUCCACGAAGGAUCAAUCCGUACGCGAGACUACCACAUCAGAUGCGGACGAUAGUACUGGAAUAGUAGUAGCCGGCGAGCAAUCUAACCAGAAAAGCAGUACACAGAUAACUAGUGACGGAACGAGUCCCAUUCAAUCUGUUGGUGGGGCUACCCUAUUGGGUAUGAUCAAUUCAGUCAUCACAUCAAUACAGGCAUCGGAUGCGCCAAGCUCUCAAGCCGAUAGUGCGCUCAGUAUAGCCAAGGAAGAAUUGUCCCCAUCGACAAAUGAGAGUAAUCAGAAGCGCUACAAGAUGGAAUCGGAGAUAGAGAAGGAUGUACAGAUGAAUAACCCGUCGAUAGCUGAGACAAAGAAAACUAUGAAUACAAGGGAAGCCAACAGAUUCAAGCCCCCCAUCAUAGAUGUACCAACGGAGCAAGAGGACAGUGAGGAAUCCGACGACUCCUCGGAUGACAGUGAGUGGCACCCGGACAUGGAUUCGGAUGCUGAGGAUAUGGCCGUAGUGCGGGUGGCCGAGGAGAGCGAUGACGAGAUGGCGGAGUGUGAAAUGAGUAAGGAAAUGCUCGAGAAAAGGUAG